AUGCGCUUCGUCCUAGUCCUUGUGCUGCUAAUUGCAAGUCUUCUGGCAAAUGGCGAUGUCGUCGCGGAAACCAGAGUACCAGACCUCCAGUCGUUGCUCCGCUCGCCGUCUUCUACCCAAUAUGAAACUCAUGCACCGAAAAGCUUGAGAAGAAGCUAUGACGAAGAGCGAGCUCUUCCUGUUCCUGUGCCCAGUGUUUCUCUGUUCACCAAUUGGGUCAAAUCGAUGGGAUUGAAGGUCACAAACAGCGCUCGAGCCCGGUAUUGGCUCUGGAGGAAACAGUCCGUAGAGAGUGUUUUUAAACAAUUAAAGCUGGAUGGAGGACUGGACAAGAUUCUGGCCAAUCGCAAGUUCUACGCUUGGGCGACGUAUGUGAGUCUGUACAACAAGAAGAAUCCCAGCAAGGAAGUGUCGAUGGCUGGAAUCCUCACCAAUACUUACGGAGAUUUAAAACUAUCUGGAAUGCUAGAAGUGGCGCUGAACCAAAGAAAACAAUGGAAAAUGGCAGCCGUGUUAGCUCGCCAGCAGCGAGAAAACUGGCAGGCUGCGGGCAAGAGUGCGGAUGAUAUCUUCGUACUACUUAAGCUCGAACAGGCGGGGGAUAAACUCUUCGUGACCCCACAGUUGAACACUUGGUACAACUAUGUGACUAUGUUAAAGAAGGACGAUGCCAGUGCGACGAUAGCGUCUGUAUUGACAGCUCAUUACGGCGACGAAGCAAUAGCCAAGAUCUUCCGGGAAGCCAACCCGAGAGUUAAACGUAUGAGGUUUGUGAAGGUGUGGCUGGAGACUGCGUGGGCGAAGAAUCGGCCGCAAAAGACGCUUUCUCCGGAAGAAUAUUUCAAGGUGUUAAAACUUGAUGACGGCGUGGAUAAAUUACUCGCCAACCCGAAACUGGAGACGUGGCUCUCCUACGUUGGCAAAUUUAACGCUAAGCAUCCUGGACAAGAGACAACAGUGAUACAGACUUUGACAAAGUUCUACGAUGAUGUAGAUCUGGUUAAAGCGCUCGAGGCUGCUAAAAAGGUGCCACAAACUGAAAACAUUGCAACGGAUCUGCAAACGACACUAUUUAGCACGUGGAUCAGGAACAAAAUCUCACCCGACAAUGCCUUCAAGAUGCUAAAACUUAAUGCAGACGUGGAUACACUGCUCACGAACCCAAAUCUAAUUAUUUGGAUUACCUAUUUGGGUCAGUUCAACGCGGCGAAUACUGGACACGGGACGACAAUGAUCAAGACAUUUACACGGUUUUAUGGGGAUGAAAAACUGGCCAAAAUGCUUGAGGCUGCGAGACAUGUACCGAAUACUGAAAAAGUAGCGACCCAGUUCCAAACCGCGCAAUUUAUUCAGUGGAUGCGGGACGGGAAGAAGCAGAACGUCAUUUGGAAAAUGCUCAAUAUGGAGAAAGCAACAUGGACGAAAAACCCGGACGCGCAGGUUUGGUACAGGUACAAGGACUUCUACAAGGCCAACAAACACAAGUAUACUAGUGGUCAGUAGAUUUAAAUGUGCGUUCAGAUUUUACGAUCGAAAUACAAGUAUACGGACAAG